AUGCCAAGCGAAGCCAGCGGCGACCAGUAUCAGCAUGUCGUGGUGCACGGGUUGCCCUAUGACCGCGGUUUCUCGCAUGGACAGCAGGUCAAGGAUAAGAUUCUGCGGAAUAUUACUUAUUAUAAACGGCCAGGGAAUCUUAUCGCAUGGCCCACUGCGCUGAGGAUUAUUCGGGAAUGCUAUAUUCCAGGUUUGGAAAAGUAUUGGUUAUCGGGGCUGGCAGAAAUGCGUGGCGUCGCCGACGGUGCAGGAGUGGACCUGGAAGAUAUAAUCUUAUUGAAUGCUCGAUAUGACCUCUCACACAUUACCAAUCCUUCUACAACCUGCGAGGAUAGCUCUCGAAGUCUUCAUAAAUUGGCCUCCGAAAACGAGGAUGGGCCACACUACCUCUCGUAUCCGCGAGCGUCUUCUGAAUGUACCAGCGCGAUUAUUCUAUCCGAAGCGACCGGCGAUGGGGAAGUAUACACGGCUCAAAAUUGGGAUAUGUCAGAUCGGCUCUUCAAGGAAGAUGGGAUCAUCUACCUGGAGGUUCAUCCGCACCCUUCAGAGAAUCUACCUUCCUUAUUCCUCGUAACCGAGGCAGGCCAGCUGUGUCGAUCAGGAAUGAAUUCGGACGGGCUCGGAUUGUGUGCCAAUUCACUGUGCAGCUCGAUUGAUGCACUGCCAUCCUCGCUUGACAGCAGUGUGGGGAAAGGGGAAAUGCCGGCCAUUCCUCCAUCCUCAGCUCUACGACGACUAUUCCUAGAAAGCCCUAGCUAUGCCGAUGGCCUCAAACGGGUCGCCAGAACACCCCGUCAUGUUUCCUGCAAUCUGAUGCUAACCACCGCAGACAAUAUGGGAAUCUGUUUAGAAAUCACCCCACGCAGGAUUUUCAGAAUAUCCGGGUCGGCCGGCUCCGACACGCCGUAUAUAAUCCAUAGCAACCAUUUUCAAACGCAGGCAUUCUUGUGUCAGUCCGAGAUCCAGGAUAGCUUGGCGGGAGGCAGUUCGUGGUAUCGUGCGGAUCGGCUGGAAGUCGGCAUCCGAAGAAAAGCGCUCAUCGGGUUUCUUACACAGUCCGACAUUAUGAACGCGUUCAAGGACCACGCUGGAUAUCCUCACAGUCUGUGUGAGCAUUCCGCACGGAAGGCAACCGAGGGCCCGUUUGUGCAGCCCGGCCACCCGAAUCCGUACGCUGGUUCGACAUGCACGGUCAGCUGUGUCAUCUAUAACCUCACCAAGAAGUCGAUCACAGUCUGUAAGGGGCCUCCAUGCAGGGGGAGCUUUCAAGAGUUUACCCUCAAGCGGGCCUUUGAGUCGAGGCGAUAA